UUUAUUAUUGAAUCCUCGAUUUUUUUGAGACAACCAACUUAGCUGCUCGACGAUAUGUUUAUAAUUGUAUUUCAAAGAAGUGGAGUGCAAAUAGGUUGGACAUAUGGAAAGUGUUCAGUGAUCCACUUAAAAGCAAAACUCGGAUUAUGGAUAAUGUUCCACCUGGAAUUCCAAGAGAUCAGUGGACUUCUUAUGUUAAUUAUCGUUAUAAAAAAGAAACACAGGAAAUGUGCAAUAGAAAUGCUGAAAGUCGAAAGAAACAAAUCAUUCCACACACAGGUGGAUCAAAAGCUAACAUUAGAAGAAGGGCUGAAAUGAUGGCUGAGACCGGUCAAAUGCCUGGACGAGCAGAACUUUAUCUUGCUACUCAUAAGAAUGUAGAUGGAGCAUAUGUAAAUGAAGCGACAAAAGUUAUCUGUGUAAGUUAGUUAAUGGGGGAAAUAAUAACACUCCAGUU